AUUUUAUAAUCCAUUCAAAUAAAUUGUCUGCCGAUAUUAAAACUUAUUUAUUUCAUUAACAGGUGUAACUGUUGUAACAUAUCCUAACAAUAAAAAAAUAUCCCGUAUUGUUCUGGAAUUUUGUCAAUCCCUUUUAUAUCGCAGAAUUGGUAGUAUCAAAGAUUUUGACGAUUCGCAAUUUCAAAAGUUCAAAAGUUGAGACCUAUUUCAUUAAUCGUCUGGGUGUUUUCCUAUUUGGAAGCCCAGAGAAACGGGUCAAGUACACACGAAACCAGAAACCGUCCCACUUCGUCGCUUAUUAUUCUACGAACGGGAAAGGGAAAAGAAAGACAAGCAGAGGGAGGAUCUAUAAAAUUAGUUUUGAGUAAGAGAUUGUGAAUAUGUCUGGAUACAGAGCUGAGGAUGACUACGAUUACCUUUUCAAGGUGGUUUUGAUCGGCGACUCAGGUGUUGGAAAAUCCAACUUACUUUCACGAUUCACUAGGAAUGAGUUUAGCCUCGAGUCCAAAUCCACCAUCGGUGUUGAGUUCGCUACAAGAAGCUUGAAUGUUGAUAGCAAGGUCAUCAAAGCUCAGAUUUGGGACACUGCUGGACAAGAAAGAUAUCGUGCAAUUACAAGUGCGUACUACCGAGGAGCAGUAGGAGCACUGCUGGUGUACGAUGUGACAAGAUAUCCGACGUUUGAGAACGUGGAGCGGUGGUUAAAGGAGUUGCGGGACCACACGGAUCCAAAUAUCGUGGUGAUGCUUAUCGGGAACAAAUCCGAUCUUAGGCACCUGGUGGCUGUACAAACUGAUGAUGCCAAAUCAUUUGCGGAAAGGGAAUCACUCUAUUUCAUGGAAACAUCUGCUUUAGAUGCUACCAAUGUCGAGACUGCAUUUGCAGAAGUGCUUACACAGAUAUAUCGCAUCGUUAGCAAGAAAGCCAUGGAUGCUGCUCAAGAUACUACGCUUCCAUCCAAAGGUGACAAAAUUGAUGUCGGGAAAGAGGUUUCGGCUAUCAAGUCCGUUGGCUGUUGUUCCUCUUAGUUAUUAUUAUUUUUUUUUGCCAGAUUAUAUCUACUUACUUGAUGGGCUGUAGUACAAAAGCUAAUGUUUUUUUUUUUUUUUUUUUUUUU